AUGUCUUCCUCCGGCCUCGAUCCCAAGGGUCCUUCGCAGCCAAACUUGGAUGCUGCAUACACUACCGCUGGCAACCCCGCCACGAAAGAGCCCGCAGAACAGGCCCAAGCAAGCCAACAAGAUGACUCUGCCGCAAUGAACCAAGAACUCGACGCUCAACAGAUGGCUGCCCCAGGUGAAGGAAAGGUAGCUGAUGUAGUUGAUCGAAAGCCAGGAGCUACUGGAGCAGCACCCGACAUGGCUUCUGACUUGGACCGCAAGAAGGAAGAGCAAAAGGAGGCUAGAGAGGAGAUCAAGGCACAGAAGAAGGAGGAAGUCGACGUCGCCGGUGUCCUCGGCCAAAGAGGAGGUCCUGCCAACCCUGUCGACAAAUCCGGUUACCCGAAUUCCGAUUACAAGUAG